AUGAAGAUGAACAGAACUAUUGUAGCUGUCCGCCCCAGUCUCCAUUAUAUUCGAAAAUAUGGAAAAUAUGAGAAACGUCAUCAAAAUAUAUCUGCCCAUAUGUCUCCUGCAUUCAGGGAUGCUAAGGAAGGGGAUAUUGUUCUCUUGGGAGAGUGUAGACCUUUGAGUAAAACCGUCAGCUUUUCUGUUCUUAAGGUUCAAAUGUCAUUCUGGGAUACGUCGGGAUCUGAAAGCCAUGACUUAAUUCGUCCAAUAUGUUACAACGACGUUGAUGCAGCUAUCAUAUGUUAUUCUAUUGAUGAUCCUCUGAGCCUCAGUCACACAAAGCCACUAGUAAAAUCAGUCAAUAAUAUAAAAAUCAUUAAAAAGAGGACCAAAAAAUUCGUUCGCCAUCAAUCCGAUAGAUUUGCACGUGUGAAGAAAAAUUGGAGGAAGCCGAAAGGUAUUGACAAUGUGGUUCGCCAGAGAUGCAAGGGAACAAGGAGAACCCCAAAGAUAGGAUAUGGAUCGAAUAAACGUACCAAGAAAAUGCUUCCAAACGGCUUAAGAAAAUUUCGUAUAAAUACCAUUAAAGAUGUUGAUAUCCUUCUAAUGAAUAAUGGGAGAUUUUGUGGUGAAAUUGCUGGAACUAUUUCCAGCCGUAAACGGAAGGCUAUAGUGGAAAGAGCUGAUCAAUUGGGCGUUUACAUAACCAAUAGAAAUGCCAAACUUCGAACUGAUCUUAAGGACUAG